CUGCAGACCUUCAGACUGCCCAGAGAGCACUCUGCCUGCUGCCUGCCUGCCACCGAGGGUUCCCAGCACCAUGAGGGCCUGGAUCUUCUUCCUCCUUUGCCUGGCUGGAAGGGCCUUAGCAGUACCUCAGCAGGAAGCCCUGCCUGAUGAGACGGAGGUGGUAGAGGAAACUGUGGCUGAGGGGGCUGAGGUACCUGUGGGAGCCAACCCCGUCCAGGUGGAAGUAGGAGAAUUUGAUGAAGGUGCUGAGGAAGCUGAAGAGGAGGUGGUGGCUGAAAACCCCUGCCAGAACCACCACUGCAAACACGGCAAGGUGUGUGAGCUGGAUGAGAGCAACACCCCCAUGUGUGUGUGCCAGGACCCCACCAGCUGCCCUGCCCCCCUUGGCGAGUUUGAGAAGGUAUGCAGCAAUGACAACAAGACCUUCGACUCUUCUUGCCACUUCUUUGCUACAAAGUGCACCUUGGAGGGUACCAAGAAGGGCCACAAACUGCAUCUGGAUUACAUUGGUCCUUGCAAAUACAUCCCCCCCUGCCUGGACUCUGAGCUGACAGAAUUCCCCUUGCGCAUGCGUGACUGGCUCAAGAAUGUUCUGGUCACCCUGUACGAAAGGGAUGAGGACAACAACCUUCUGACCGAGAAGCAGAAGCUGCGAGUGAAGAAGAUCCAUGAGAAUGAGAAGCGCCUGGAGGCCGGAGACCACCCCGUGGAGCUGCUGGCCCGAGACUUUGAGAAGAACUACAACAUGUACAUCUUCCCUGUGCACUGGCAGUUUGGCCAGCUGGAUCAGCACCCCAUUGAUGGGUACCUGUCCCACACAGAGCUGGCCCCACUGCGUGCCCCCCUCAUCCCAAUGGAGCACUGCACCACCCGCUUCUUUGAGACCUGUGACCUGGACAACGACAAGUAUAUUGCCCUGGACGAGUGGGCCGGCUGCUUCGGCAUCAAGGAGCAGGAUAUCGACAAGGAUCUUGUCAUCUAA